UCCUCAGCUGAAGUUCAUGACUUCUCAUGCUUUAACUAAAUGCUAAUUUGUAAAAUUAUCCUUUCUUCCUGUAAGUUCUUUAAAGUACCUGGGCUAAUCCUUCUUUGCCAUCAAAGCUGUGGUCUAACAUUGCUGUGAGCAGGUAAAUGAUCCUCUCUCUACCUCUGCAUGAUCACUUUAUAGUGAAGAGCACUCAGUAAUGUCUGCAAACAUCUGAACACCGUGUUCAGAGAAAGGGCUACAAGUGCAAAGCGGUGUUGGGAAUUCAGCUGUUGGGACAGGUAGUGGAGCAUUUUUUGUUUUGAAAAGCAUCCUCUCUCCAUUGAGAUGCCCUGCAUUUGCGGUGCUCAGAUGUUCCGGUGUUUUUACUGCCUCCUUAUGGGCAAAGAUGUUCUCCUUGCCUGGAGCCCUGCUGUCCCACCACACAGCACCAGAGCUGUAAGACUAGCUGAGGGGAGGCAGAGUGUCCUUUGGGCUGUGAUGAACUACCACAGGAAUUAUCUAACGUGAGCAGAAAAUUCUUGACAUUUGGGUCACUAUGGAAUAGCCACGUUGGAAGUUGAGGCCCUGACGGCCGUGCAUGGGGAGAAGGGCACUGAAUCUGAAGCUGGGCUCUUGCUCUCACUAGUGCCGAGGCACAGGGACUAAAGAUUUCCAUAGUAAUUUCCAAUUUGUAACAGUAUAAUAAAGAGGAAGACUCGAAUCCAUCCAAGAAUGAUGUUGCCUUGCCAGUAACUGCAGGAAAACUCUGACACAUGGGGUACACUUCAAACAGUGUAGCAGAGCAGGUCAAGCAGUACUGUGUUUCCAGCUCAAGCUGGGGAUGGCCGAGUAGCAAUCUCCCCUUGGCAGCUGUGGCAGCGUCGUGCUCGCCAGCCCACCCUGCAGCAGCUCGCCGUGGCAACACACGUGGGGCGCGUGGCCGAGCACCAUCACAACUGAUGCAGCAUUUCAGGCAGGGAGCAAACCCGCCGAGUGGAGCAGUGCACUGGUAAGAGCUGCCCAUCCUGGGCGCUGGCUCCAAGGCCAGCACGAGCCUGUGGGAACCUUGGGCCAGAAGCCAAGAUUUGGUUCCGCUCCCAGAAAAGUCAACGAAACUCAUUUGAAGUGGAACGAUUUCAUCCUGUACUGCAUGCUGAGUGACUUGCCAACCUUACUAUUAAUAGCAUGGGCUUAUCCCAGGUACAAGCUACUGGAGCGCAGAGCUACAGCGGCGCGACGGAGCCGAUUAGUGGAGCCCUGGACUAAAAGAUGCUGAAUCUGUCAUAGGGGGGCAGGAUCUCACUUGGCUUCAGAGUCUGACUGCCUCUGGGAACUGCCCAAACAUUUUUCUGUUCAGUAAGUCCCCUCCCAUGGUGCCACUCUCUACAUCAGCUGAUUGCCAUCCCGUGUCAAAAGAAUAAAGGUUCUGUCUAAAACAAAGCGGCUGCUAAAAUUUAGUGGCCUUGUCAAGGACUUCAGGACCCGAGUUGUCACCAGUGUCUUUUAUGUGGAAAGUGUUGAGAUAGCACAGUGCUGAAAAAUGACACAAGUUAGAAAACAGGGUAGAAGCCACUAAUGUGCAAGGAAUGUUAAACAUCACACAGCGUGUUGUUUUGACUGUGCAGGAUUUCUUUUCCCUGUCUCCUUCCCUUAAAAUAGUUUUUCUUAAACAGCAAAAUUUUGCCUUUCUUUUCUGCUCCACAGACAAGCACAGCAAAUACAGAAAUAAUCUCCAGAGAUGUUCUGCAGAUGUUUUUGCUUCUUCGGUCUGUGUCUUUUCCUUUCAACCCAAAGGUAAGCAGAGUGUUUGUUUUGUUUCACAGGGAACGUCUGAAUUAUGUUUCGUAUAAAAAAUGUGGGUCAAAAGGAAAGUAUGCUUCCGAUUAUCCAGCGCAUCCAAAGCAAGCCGGGCGCAGUAAGGGAUGUGGUGUGGAAGAGAGCAACCCGCGUAGGUCCCCAAAACACAAUAUGUACAUGAACAGUGCAACCCCUUAUUUUCCGUUCAGGACCAGAAUAGUUUGCAGUUUUCACACAGGGCUUCCACCUGUAUUACCCUCCCUGGAACUACAAGUCUUAAAUUUCUUGAAUGGUUUAUGUUUAUAGUGUGCACAAACUGGUUCAGUUCUGCUGUAAGGUCCUUUUUGGUCUAAAACCUGCAGCAAAGCUCCAAGGACUAUUAACCCAGCUUGAAAGAGAACAGAAGAAUAAAAUCAUCAGAGCAUUGAGUAACUACGUUGCUGAGUUUCUUACUGCACAGACCAGUGGUCCUGAGACUCAGGGGAGAGGCAGAGGCACUGCCUUCCACCUCCUUCAGCCCUUUGCAGAGCAAUAGCAAACGCGUAAUGAUUCACUCAUUUACAUUUUCAUCAAGUGAGCACAUGACCACACAGGGACACCGCACCGUAACACUUCUAACAGUCCAACCCCCCUGUCGCUCUAGCUGUCUGUAUGAUGGUACAGAUCUGUCAGCCUCGUUAAGCCAGGUACUAGCUUUACUGUCCAUGGACAAAAUGUUAAUUUUGACAUUGUAAAUUAGAGUCGAACCCUCUGUAUGCACAGCAGCUAGGGGUGGUUCAGCCCACAAAGCUCGGUUGGUGCCUGUGAAGUGCUCAGGGCUCUCUCUUUCCCCUUCUGGUGUACUCAGAGGUCUUACUCCUGGCAGUAGCUGUAGGGACGCUGACACGAACACAGGAGGGUGAAAGCUUCUUUAGGGGAGUGGUGAUUAGGGGAAGGAUAGCUGCUCAGUAAGAUUUGUCUCAGGUUGCCAUAAGCAGGAGGAAAAAAGAAAUGCAUGUUUGUUAUAUAGGCUGCGUGAGGAGGAGUGGGAAGGGGGGAGAUCGGGGGUUAUUAAGACUUGUGAUCUAUAGACCUUGCUUGAUUUGUCUGGGACAUUUUAAGAACAUCCAUAAGCUGCCAGGUGUGCAAACCUGUAGCUAUCAGCUGCGGUAACUUGCAAUUUUUCCACCUCUUCAAGGUGCCAGUUACUGAGCCAAGAUAAGCAAUGUGAGCAAGUGCUCCUAAUUUCAAUUAUCAACUUAUUUUUAAUAAGCAUUUUAUGCAGUUUGGUUGCUUGUUUGAGCAUAAGCUGGAAACACAGCUGCAGCUGCACACCAGAUGUGCCCAGCACACCCGGCCACACGUAACAGCACGUGUCUGUGUCCCCAGGAGGUGCUCCCUGGGUCAUGUGUCCGACUUGGGCGGCAGCGACACGACAUCCCUCCCUGGAUUUGAGAACCUCACCAUGGGAUACAACAAAUACCUCAGGCCCUACUUUGGUGGAGAACCUGUUCAAAUUGCGAUGAGUCUGGACAUUGCAAGUAUUUCUAGUAUAUCUGAGAGUGACAUGGAUUACACAGCUACCAUAUAUUUGCGGCAGCGCUGGACAGACCCCCGCUUGGUCUUUCAUGGCAACAAGAGCUUCACGCUAGACGCUCGUCUAGUGGAAUUGCUCUGGGUACCAGACACGUACAUUGUGGAGUCAAAAAGGUCCUUCCUGCACGACGUCACUGUGGGGAACCGCCUCAUUAGACUGUUCUCUAAUGGCACUAUCUUGUAUGCCCUAAGAAUCACUACUACUGUUGCUUGUAACAUGGACCUGUCAAAAUAUCCCAUGGACACACAAACAUGCAGACUGCAGCUAGAAAGCUGGGGAUAUGAUGAAAAUGAUGUCGUCUUCACGUGGCUGAGAGGAAAUGACUCUGUCCACGGCAUAGAAAAGUUGCGGCUUUCUCAGUACACAGUGGAACGUUACUACACCCUGGUCUCGAAGUCACAGCAGGAAACAGGCAGUUACCCACGACUGAUACUGCAGUUUGAGCUGAGAAGAAAUGUCCUUUACUUCAUUUUGGAGACCUAUGUGCCCUCCACUCUGCUUGUCAUGUUGUCCUGGGUUUCUUUUUGGAUCACAUUGGAUUCGGUGCCUGCAAGAACCUGCAUUGGAGUAACAACGGUGCUUUCCAUGACGACUCUGAUGAUCGGCUCACGAAGUUCACUUUCGAAAACCAACUGUUUCAUUAAGGCCAUCGAUGUCUACCUCGGCAUCUGCUUCAGCUUCAUCUUCGGUGCCCUUGUGGAGUACGCGGUGGCUCACUACAGCUCAUCACAGAAAUGUGCAGCUAAAGCACCUCAAGAGGGGCCUGCAAGUGAUCUCCCUAAAGAAAUGGAUGAAGUCAACAUCACUAACAUCCUCAACAGCUCCAUCACCAGCUAUAAACGGAAAAUCAGCUUUACAAGCAUCGAGAUUUCUAGCGAUAACGUUAACUGCAGUGACUUGACCAUGAAAACUCAUGAGAAAAUCAAAUGUGUCUUGAGAAACAAAAUGCACAGGAUUAUUGGUUAUUUCACAAUUCAGAACCCCAGCAAUGUAGACCACUACUCCAAAUUGCUUUUCCCUUUAUUUUUCAUGCUGGUCAAUGUGUUUUAUUGGGCUUAUUACCUAUAUUUUCAGUAGAAACGAGUUGCUUCAUUCUCCUACUUCAGGAGGAGCGGAAUCUUGCCAGUGGGCAUCUAGGUAUCAAACCUCAGUGAACCCAAUGUGGACAAAAUGCUCUGUUGUGUUUCCCCAAGGUACAGAGCAAAAUAGCCUGUGAGGCACGCAAGAUGAAAAGCCUUGCUGCUUCAGCAUUAGCAACAUUGAUUCUGGACAACUGCUUGUUCAGCUGAGUGGCUGUGCUGGGCUCUUGUGCUUGUGCCUGCUUUUCAUUCCAGCAUCCAGCUUCUCACCUGGCUGGAGAAGGGUGCGUAGGACUGCAGAUAGCAGGCCACAGAGCACUACAGGCGGCAAAAUUAUCGUGGUAGUCUGAAGCAGGUUGGAACCUUCUAGUUUAGAUCUCCAAGAGGACGUAGGAUCACAGCUGUUAUUCUGCGUUUGCCAGAGAUAACAGUAACAGAGGGACUGUGAUCGCUGCCUCAAUAGCUCCUCUGUUCAAGUCAGAGAACCCGGAGGCAGCCGUGUGCGGUGCGGAGGAAUGGCUCCGGUGCACGGUGCCUCCCUGUCCCGGGGGCGAUGCGGUGCCAGACCCGUGACGUUGCUGCUGAUGGCAUCGGCGCAGUGGUACGCCUCACUGCUUUUAAUACCUGUCAGACACACUGAGGCAAUCCUCACUUGCUGAAGUUACCCAUCCCUGAGACAGACGGAAAGCUUUUUAUUUGUAGAGCAGCAUUUUUUCAGAGAUUUGGGAACGGGACAGAAAGGCAAAUAGCAGGAUUGUUUUGUAAUCCAUCUUACACUCUUCUUAUUGUGCUGCAGUUGAACUGAACCUUCCACAUCUUCCUAACAAAUUAUUUUUCAUCCUGGAGAGUGCCUCCUUCAGCUUUCACUACUAACGGCAGCUCUGGUUUCUUGCCAGCCAUAUGCAGGAGUGACCAAUUUGUCAUCCCCUCUUUUAUAUGAUUGUGCAGCUGUGGCAAGUCAGCAGUGCUGCUGGGUGAAAAACCCAUGUGUGGGCUGAGGUACAAUGAUCUAAAUCCGCCUUGCACUAUUUUAGGCUGAAAGUGUUACAUUUCUGCAGAAAUUCAGAUUCUAAGUGGGCUCUGGAAACUGCCAGUGAGCUUUGUUUAUCCUGUAAUCAGUAGGACCGAGGCUUUGUUUUAAAAUAAAUCAAAUAUGUGGUGCACACACACUUACGUUUGAGAACCAAAUGCCAUUUGGUACUAUGUAGCUUAAGGCUACUGGAAGUCUUUAUUUCCUGAUUUUAAAAUGAAUGUUUUAUGGCAGAUUUUUCCCCCUUCCCCUCCUUGUUUGGUCUAUGCAACUUUCAUAACUUUGAGGGCAUAAUCCUGCAGUUAUGUAGGCAAAACUGUAAUUGCCUGCAGUGACUACCAUUCAGCAGGAGUUUUGGCUGAGUGAGGCCUCUCAGCAUGUAGCUUAUAUUACAGUCUCAUGCACACAGUGUUUGCUUAAUAUAAGAGUCUCUUACUGGGGGUUCCUAUAGAAGGUGGGCAAAGCACAUGAAACUAUAGAUUUUUCUUUACCUUAAUAACUUUUUAUCGAACCACUUCACCACACUAUAUUGUGAAGGAUCUAAACCACAUAUUCAUAAAUCAUAGUUUUUACAAAGAGCAGCACUAGAAGUCAAAGGGGAACAGACUGACAAUGGCAAGUGAAUAAACACAAACUUCAAUAAUGAAAUGUUGGCUUGUAUAUACUGGCAUUUAAAGUCCAUUCCAUAAAAUGUAAUAAAGUGAAUGUUUGUGAUAUGAACACAAACCCCCAGAGAGAUCCUCUAUUAAAAAAAAUCAUUACCUUC